AAAAGUUUUUAAGGACGGAAGGGAUGUUGAUUUAGAAGAUCAAGUCAUUUCAAAUCAAUUCCAGAUUGGCUACAGUUCUUCCAGAUAAAGUCAUUUCAGAUCAAUUCCAGAUUGUCGAUAUUUUAGUUUCAUGUGUGUUUCCAUCACAGGCCUUAAAACUUGCAUGACAAGUGGAUAUUCAUACAUUGAAGGAAUUGAACAUUUGCUUCUUUCCUUAAAACAAAACAACUAUGAGAUGCAUGCUUUUACAAACUACCCCAUAUGGUACCAAUUGAUUGAAGACAAGUUAGAACUAUCAAAAUAUUUAUCUUGGACAUUUUGUUCGUGUACAUAUGGAAAGAGGAAGCCUGAUACUGAGUUCUUUAUGGAAGCUUUGGAACAUCUUAAAGUUAAUCCAGCAAAUUGUAUAUUUGUAGAUGACAGGUUUCUUCUCUUUCUCUUUAUAUACUGUACACUAUUCGGUUAUUGCCAUCUAUAUGAGAAUCAGUAUUUAACUUUCUUUAGUUCUCAUCCUUUUCGUGUGUAUGAAUGACUAUUUACCUCUGUAUUGAGGAAUGUAUCAAGGGAAAAUGAGUUAUUUUUAUUGAGAAUUGAGAAUAUCUUUUAUGAAAUUAUAUUAUGAAACUUAAAAAUCUAUUGUACCUCCACACACACAUCUAUUAUAGAAGUGGGGUUUAAUUUUGUUAUUUUUGGUUGGUUUAUUUA